UGAAGUGGUAAAUUGAUCACCAUUAUUUUUCAUACGAUAAGUACCUUUCCGUCGCCUCUAUUUGUACGGUCCUUUACGUAGUGCUUUUUUUUCAAGGAAACGUGCGCUAGUGGUGGAAACAGGGGUAUGGUCGAGACGAAGGUGCGGAGAAGCGCGUUUAAGUAGAUUAUUACACCCGCAGUGGACGCGGUGGAACACUGGAUUCACAUUUGGAUUCCCUCUUUCUGUAUCACUUUUUCUUAUCUUACUAGCGAAAAUGGGGGCGGCUUUGUCGGAUCAGUUCUUGCUGUCGCCGUACUACUACAGCGUGCUGUCUCGGGAGGAGGAGCCGACGCAAGACCAGAUCGAGCGGGUACCCAUAGGCGAGCCGGAGCCGAUCUACCAGAUGCGGCGCGCCAAGGAGUUGGUCAAGCUGCUCGGGAAGAAACUCGCGGACGUGCCCUUCCUGACCAGCAUUUACAAGCGGUGGGAGCUGGACAUGGGCCAGGACCUUGCGGCAUUCCGCGACAAGGACCUGGAGUCCUUCUUUGCCGAUAUUCCCAAGUCGCACUUCUGGGCGGCCUGGGUGGCGUGCGUGAUCGCGACGCCGAUUCUAGAGCGGAGCACGAAACUGUGGCUGCUCUUCAAUGUCGGGUAUCGCAAGUACAAGCGCCUCAAGCCCGGGAGCGGGCCACCGCGAGGGAACGUCGGAGGUAACAAAAGAGCCACCGCGACGUUUUCCCCGCCCGGCGAAGACAAAAAGGGAAAGAAAACGACUGCUCUGGCCAAACUCCAACCACCGCCCACGGUGGACUCACGCAAGUUGCUGAUGGACAAGGAUGCAGUGGAGGACCUGUUGUUCGAGACACUGGGCAUGCUAUCGAGGCUGUUUGACGCCGAAACCACCGCGUUGACGAAAAAACACAUUGGCACCCUGGUGCAACGCAGCGAGUUCCAGAUUUUUCCCAUCAAGUUGGAACAAGCAGUAACGAUCAUCAAAGAAGACCAGACCUACAACGCCAUAUGCCGGCUUUUCAGUACGAAUUAUCUCAUUUUUAUUCCUGUUUCUUCUUCGCCUCACGGAUGAAACACGUUUUUCGAUCCUGUAGAGCUAUGUACUAUCAUCUUCGUUCUUGCACCGCAUUGACAACCACUUCCUUUUUUUCUUGCAAGUAAUGUCCUUCCGUAGCUGACGACAAAUCAUAAUCAUCCAAAAUGCAAAUACACUACCACCUCCCACGACAGCCACAUUGCUGAAGCCGCAGCUGAAAGCACUGAAACUGACCGCCUACCGCCUUCCUGCACCCUAUGUGGGACCCCUAGACUUCGCGCUCGACGCGGACUGGACCAAACCGGAGAAAAUUGCAGAAAUCAUUCCAAAGACCAUUUAUUUCAAGAAGAAGGUCCCCUUAACCGACCGCCUUGGCGUGAAGCUGUCGGUGUGCGAGAUCUGCUUUCUGAAUGUGAUUCAGCGGAUUUUGAACCAGUACGUCGGGCAGGUGCACGCCAUCACGAACUCGCCCAUGCCAGCGGACGUGCUCAGCGUAAACGAAUCCAAGGACCAGUGGAGAAAGAAGCGAAAGCGGUAUGUGCGUGCGAAGCUAGCCUUCAUGAUCCGCCGGUGCGUCGCCAACCUGCGGAGUUUGUGCGAGAUGGUGCGCUUCCAGCUGCCACUCGCCUUCAAGGAGCACAUGGAAAACCUGACGCUCAUGCUGCAAAAGGCCGGCACCCCCUUCCAGGCCUGGAUCGUGCGCAUCUUUCAGGCGGUCUUCAAUUUACCCAAAAAAGCGAAAGCCGAACCCAGGCUGACACUGAAAGACGUUGUCUUGGGUGUUGUGGGGAGGGACUGCUCGGACGAUUUGGCUGAUCAGAUCGUGUAUUUGGCCGAACACUCAACGGUAGAAAUAUAAUUUCAACAAUUUCUAAUCGGUUUUCAAAACCGUACAUGGUCUGAUCCUGAUCGCUGUGAUGUGUGCGUUUUCCUACUUUUCGCAAAAAAUAAACCACCGACCAAAUCGAUGAGGUCGAGAGCAACCAAGUUUUGAACGGUGUCCCCCUGCACUGCCGCAAAAUGCUGACUUUCGGAACCCCCGACUCCAUUCCGCUGGACGAUCGGCAGAAGCACUCGAAGCUCUGCAUUGGCGACCUGAUUCUGCACCAGCUCGUGGACGAAACGUAUUGCAGGCAACUGAUGGACGAAACCGGUUUGACCGAGUACGACGCGAUCAGCAAGGAAAAAUACCUGCAAUCCUUCGUACCCCCGGACUUCUUGGACCUCUGCAGCGACGAGUUCGACCGCGUGGUGGCGCAUCGAUACAUGGCCGACCGCGAAGAGGGACUGAAAGAGCACGAAGAAGGCGGAGUGUUGAUCCCGAAACCAAACACAACGGUAGUGAAGUACUAAGAUCGCGUGCAAGUAUCAACUUUUCUUUCGUGCAACAAAUACAAAACUAAAGGCAGGCUGAGGCAAAGAUGAAAAAUCGAUGCCUAGUUUUUUAUUCCGUGUUGAUACAAGCAAGAACUUUCUCAUUGUUUCAUCCCGUAGGUGCAAACGCUUUCGCAACUGCGGCAGACGGAAUUCAACAUGAGCCGGCAUAUGGCCGAGGGACAGAGGCGAAAAGAAAAGCUUCUGAAAUUGAAAGAAAAAGUAGAGGCGGAUUUGGCAAAGGAGAACGCCUUGGAGGAGGGCCUGCAGGACACCAUGGAACACACAUCGAUGCACUGUCUCAGCUUAAUGGAGAAGAUCCGGCUCGAAGGUAUUAAUUUGUUGCUGCAACAGUAGAAGAACUGAGUUUGCAUUUCCAUUUCCACGAAAGAUGACUUCUGAGUCCGUGAUCUGAAGCUGUUGUGCGACAUAACUUUCGAGGUGUUAAGUUGUAGCACUUACUUACUCUCAAUCGCGAAAAUGAAAUCAGACGACUACGACAAGCAGGAGAUCUUGCUCAACAAGCACGUGCUCGCAAAGUUUUACGAGGAGCGCGCGAAGCGAAGGAAGCAGAAACUGCCCGCACUGUCGACGCGGAGUCCGAGCCCGAGCAGCUCUGCUGGCGAAGGGGAAGAGGGCGGCAGCCCACUGCUCUCCAGUCGAGGGCGCCUGCGAAAAGACCGCCGAGGCCUGUCGCCGGAGGCAUUGCUCACUGCAGCAGACCUUUCCAUGCGCCGGAAAAAGAGAAAGAAGAAGAAACACCAUCGCAUGUUCGAGCAGGUACAGAUACGGUUUGUUUUGUUUCUCUCUGCGUUUGUCCGUUCUUGGCGUUGGAGAUGGUUAUGCGAUGUUGAAACUACGUUCCUGUUUUUUUUCCUUCCUCACCCUAUUUUUCCCACAACGAAUAGGUCGGAUCUCUCGUACCGGCCACGGGCCAAAAGGCGGCGGUAGCACGGCAGCAGGCCGCCGAUCGAUUAGGGUUGUCUUACCUCCCUGCCGAGAACCUCGACGCGAGGGUGGAUCACCUGAAGGACUUAUCGCUGCUCGAGCGGCUCUUCGAAGAGAAUCUGGGCAUGGCGCACACCUACGAGAACCAGCUGCUUUACUCCAAAUACGCCAUGAAGGUCGCCGGAAAAGACAAAAUCAAGUUUGUCCCCAAGAAGGCCAAGGACCGGGACGAGCUGAAAGAGGUCAUCGCCGACAUGAAGCGGGCAACGGGGGAAGACUUGCUCGCGGUAUAGCUCUCUACUAUCUAGUUGUCGUCAUUUUUGGAAUUUUGUGCCGAUUUCCAGUGUGUUAUGUUUGAAAGUUGUAUGUGGGUCUUCGAUUUUUCUUGCAUCCUCAAUCCUAAGCCUAUUUGUUGUAUGUUAAACGGUUAGCAAGAGGAUGCAAAACAAAAACUCGCAAAUUGGUGUUUUUUCAGGCACAAGAAGUGAAGGGUUUUCUGGGUGGAAUCUUUGGUGGAGGGGGCGGCGGUGGAAGCCAGCCAAGCAACGAACGCAAGCCCAGUCAACCGGCCGUGGUCCCGGAGGAGCCUGCAAUACCAGAACCGAAGCAGGCUCCCGUGCAAAAGAAACCUUCCCCGACAGCAACUCGUCCAGCAGGGCCAAGAAGUGCAGGCGACCUCCUCGGAAAGGCGCUGGAUGGGUUUUAGUAGCUGUAUCGGUGUAUAAUUUUGUCAUCGAGAAGGAAAGCUGCAACUGUAUCUAACCUUGUAUGUGUAACAACCUUUGCUCCUUGUACACUGAAUCCAGGCCAGUUGUUUCUCGUGGUCGCACCACGAGACGACUGCAACUUUCAUGUAUCUUGUACCGUUACCAUUUAAGCAAAUACAAUACCAAAUGUGAUCUUUUCUUUCCUGUUUCAUCGUUACUCGUGCAUAAUAGAAUACCAAAAAAAAAUAAAUCUACGUUUCUAAUUGUCUAUUACAGCUAUCAAUACGCCGUGCUAUCACUGUUGUGUAUUCGCACUGUGCCUGCACCUGUCGGAGCUUGGCUUUGAUUUUAGCAAAAGAAGGAAAUAAUAGUUUAAGGAUACUGAUUCUCGACGCAUGGAAAUUCCUGAGAGCGGAGCGAAAGUCGAAUUCAGCAUCUUACCGUGCGACAAAAAAUAUUGGACUGUAGAAAAUUUUUUGGCUUACAGUACCAUCUUGACAAAAUGCAGAAGUGCUAGUACAACAUAGAAAGAUGAUUUUCUCUGGUAGCACAGAAUGUGAGUCUGAGCGCUACGAUCUACGCCGUGUACGUUCAUAGACCUUCUGCCUUCGACAUGUAGCAAUCUGUUUCAAUUGCAUCGCACAACACUGUGCAGUUGAAAUGAAUUCGAGC